AUGCUACGAAAUCAAUCGAAACAGUAUCUUGAAGAUAGAAGGCAGAACGAUGAGGAGCAACAAAAACUAAAAGUUCGCACUGGCUUCAAGGUUCGAUCUUUCUCAGAAGCUAGCCUUUCGGCACUGCCACCAACAUCCAAUGAAAAUGAGCUUGGUCGAGGUGAAGUAAGAUAUGAUAGCAUACCAAGCCGCUAUCCUAAGACCUCCAAGAGGCUUUCUUUCCCAAUGGGCAAUAUUUCAUUACAAACACCUCGUGAGCCAGUUCCAUCUCGUCCACACAUAUCCAAAUCUCCAUUGCGUGAUCAUGCGCAAGCAUGUGGAUUUCCCACAAACAUGCCGUCGCGGCUAUCCCAUGGACUUAAUUUUUCAAGAGAAGCCACUAAUCUACACCAUUCAUUUCUCGCAGAGCAGUCAUCUCCAGACUUAUUGCCAACUCCAGCAAGAUGUGAUAUAAAAACACUAGAUAAAGCUCAUGGCCUAUACCUGAAUGGCUCUGGUGACCAUUCGCACGAUUCUGGUUCAUUCUGGUCAAUGAUGGAAGACGUAGACAGAGAUAAAGUCUCAAAUUCUUUGGGAAGCUUCAACAUGACAACAGGAUCGGAUUCUUUAGACAGCUGUUCUGAUGAAGAUCAUCUCAUGGAUGAUAUUGAUGACUCAAUGCUAAUAACCCCACAAGUAGAGGUCGGAGAAGUUAUCAGUAGUUUCCCCAAGGAAAUCUCAGGAAACUUUUGGCCAGAAGAAUUGUACAAUUCUCGUACCUCGACAAAUGUUCCUUGGAACAAGUUUCAGAACCGGAAGAACUGGGGCCAUGAGAGUAAUAACAUCGUAAUCAGCUCUCUCAACAAAUCAUCGUCUACUCCUCAAAGCUCUGUAGGCAUUAACGGAUGCUCGAGUCUAGAAGGUUGGACUGAUCCCAUGACCACAAAGGAACCUGGUUUCAGCUUAGAAUCAAAUAAAGUCUAUACGUCUAGCUCUGAAAACGGCGAUAAAGCUCCGAAAUGCGUAGAGAAUCUUGAAAAUACUUCGAGUAUUAGCGGCCGGGAGGGACAAAGAGGAGUAAUUCGUCGGCCAGUAACUAGAAGAGGAAAUAUGCUGCCUAAAACAAAAGGUUUCGCCAGGAUCCGGGCAGCUCUUGUCGAGGAAAGUACACCUGUUGAGUCUGAAGUACGGCGCGAGGCAGAGGUUGUUCGACAAGCACGUGAAAGCGACUUAGGCAUCGGGCACAAAAAUUCUCUUGCGACUGCCCCUUUAUCUUCUCUUUCACCAAACUUAAAUAAACCGGCUCAGGGUUCAAGAAACGAUGGAAUAAUGGUUUCCACACUCUCCCACAACCUCGAAGGCUUUAGAGAGAGAGCUGUGUUAAAAUCAAGAGGCAAAGGCUUUUGGGAAGCCUUCCGAGAUGAGAGUAGUCAUUCAUCACCACUACUACCUUCAUUUCCAUGCGCAUCAUUAUCUGGAAUUAAUGAUGACAUUUUGUUGGAUUCCGCGUCAUUUUCGACAGCAUCAAUGCUUGCCUGUCAAACAACAGAUCAUCAGUCAUCUUCACCAUCUAGAUCUGCUACUCCACAAUCUAGAACAGGAUCUACAGCGGCAGAAUUAACGUACAGACUAAAUAGAAAACGCAUGCGCGAUUAUGACUUUGAUUUAAUUGACAUUAAGCGAAGAGCUGUGAGCCCUAGUAUGAGCACACAUAAUAGCCCAAUUAUACAGAGCCCCAUGCAGCGCGAUAAUAUCGCCUGGGGAAGUCGGCCAUCAAGUAAGUGUGGACUAAAUGAAACUGGAAAGCCAAAUGGAAAUUCUGUUCCUAAAUGGGUGGGGUUCCAGGGGGUAAUGGAUACUAAUGACGGCCUGAUGAAGAUGAGCAUUGAAUGA